UGUUGGCAUCCUCCAUCCUGGGCUUUGAUCAAAAAGAAAAAGAAAAGAUUAAACGUGCAGGUAGAGAUCAAGUUUUGAUUGGACUAGUGCCCAUAAAUGAACAUUCAAAAGUUCAAAGCUGCAAAUCAGUUUAUCCUCUAGUAAUUGCGAAUUGUGGUGAGACAAGAGCUGAGAUAAGAAAAUUGUUGAGACAGAUAAAUGCUCAGAAAAGAGCUCUUAAAACAAGUGGAAUAAAUGUUGAUGGUAAAGUCUACAAUUUAAAAUUUACAGUCACAGCUGAUUACAAAGCCCUUUGUCUUCUCAUGGUAAGGAAGGGAAGCACAGAAGAUGACAGCUUCAAAUUGGCUGGAAAAGGAUUGGAUACUGAGUUUUGUAUAUAUUGUAUGGCUGUCAGGGGUUGUGGAUGUCCUAUUUCUGAUGAUGGUGAUGCAUGUGUUGGAUGUUUGAAGGACUGCUUCAACAGAAGCAAAGGAAAUGUUGGGAGCUGGACAGGUUUGAGGGAUGACCUGGAAUUCAUAUUGGAUGAAGAACUCAGUAAUGUUAUGUUAUGUGCUCUCCAUUGUGAGAUGCGCAAUACUGAGCAGCUCCUAGGAUCUGUGGGUCUUUUUGCUCAUAGAUGCAAUGCAUUAGACGAUCUGAAUAAUGCUUUGUCGCAGUACGGACCAGAGAGCUUUAAAGAGAAGCGACUGACUGUGAAAUUGAGAAAAGGUCAGGAAACAGCAGUGGAAAAAAGCAACAUCAAAGUUGCAACCUUCUCAGGUCCUACAGAGAGAUUAAUCUUGAAAAACCUGGAAGUAAUAAUGGAAAUUGGUUUGCCGAAUGAAAAGAUCACUUCAUACUAUGAUAAGACCCCUAAUGCUGCAAAGCAAGUUCUUCUCGAUGGAUACAGCUUUUGCGAAUAUUUGAUAGAAGAGGUAUUUAAAAAACAACUAAGCAAUGACACAUUUGUGAGAGACUACGGCACUCACCAAGAAAGUAUAAAAACUGUAAAUCUACCAAGACUUCGGAAACACUUGGAAAAGAGAAUUGAAUAUUGGCAAGAGCAACAAGCUGAAAUUGAAAAGAAAUACCUCCAGGCUUUCCCAGAUGAAAAAAAAAGACGAGGAAAAAACAAGAAAAAAGAUGGAGAUCAACACCUGGCAUCAAUCUAUGCAUCAGAGGUCCAAAAGAACUUCUACAUGAUGGUUGGUUUCCUUUUUUAGA